UUCAGCUCUACUCAGAAGAACAGACAGGUUCUUCUGCAAAGGGGGAGGGGGAGAGGAAAAGCCAUUAUUUAUUCCUGAGAAGAAAGGAGCUGGGAAAAUAAAAAAGCUACUGUACAGCUAGACAUACAUAUUUUAAAGGGAAGGAUGCUUUGGAAGACUUUGGUGCUGCUUCUGUUCUGUUACAGUGCUCAUGCCACUGUGACCCACAGAUGGAGCAGAGCUAUGCUUUUCCCAGCUGCUCAACGAUUCAAGAGGUCCUCAGCUGCCUUCCUCAACCCAGUGUUACAAAACUCGCUGGAAGAUGUGGUCCUGCUUUAUGAGUUUCUUUUAGCUGAGCUUGAUAUUGACAAAGGUCAGAGGAUCUCCAUCAAAGAUGAGGAGCUGGCUUCCCUGAGGAAGGCUGCUGAGUUCAACACCAUCUGCAACGAGAUUAUCCCCAAGAGCAUCACAGAGAUCCGCAGGCUGAGCAGCAGGCUGUCUUCCUACCCGAGGGUCCUCAAGAAGGAAGACUUUGAAAGAACAGUGCUGACCAUGGUCUACACGGCCUACAGAGCUGCUCAAUCCCAGGGCCACCAGAAACACACGUGGGCUGAAUCCUUUGUCAGUCUCUACAAAGCCCUGAAGAACGACUUGAUGCUACCAUACAACAAACAGCCCUCAUAGUGGGAGAGGAGCAGCAGCUCAGCCACCAGCUCUGGUUGGUGAAGGACACCAUGUAGCACACUCACCACUUUAUUCUGUAGAGUUUUAGAGCCUGCUUCAUGAAAGAUUGUUCAUUUUCUGGCUCCCUCUAGUGGAAUCUGCUUUUUAGUUCCAUGCUAAACGGUGAAAAACAUCUUCAGUCCUGAGAAUUUGAUUUUUUGCUGGCUUGGAGGCUCAUUCUGUGACAGGAAAAGAAGGGAUUUUGGUGUACACCCAAGCAGACCCUUGUUUCAGGCAAACUCUUGAUUCAUCCUUUGAGUUUCCUAUAAGCAGUACAUAAAUAUACUGUGCUUAUG